AUCUCUCUUCACAUUUCUCACAUCUUUCAAAUAACACUCUUCAACGCCUAUACCGUCAUUAUUCCAAUCCAAAUCCAUCCAAGAAUCUCAAAUACACAAUCAAAGACACGAUAGAAAUGGCGUCGUCCUCUGCGCCCGAGGCCUCGGCUUCGACUUCUACUGCCGCACCCGCAGCCGCGACCUCGAACACACAAGAGCCUGUCGCAAUUGUCUGUGUCGGAAUGGCGGGUUCAGGGAAGACAACAUUCAUGCAGCGCAUUAACGCGCAUCUACAUGGGAAGCGCGAGCCUCCCUACGUCAUCAACCUCGACCCCGCCGUGCUCAGCGUACCCUUUGAAAGCAAUAUCGACAUCCGAGAUUCCGUCAACUACAAAGAGGUUAUGAAACAAUACAACCUCGGACCCAACGGCGGAAUUCUGACCUCGUUGAACCUCUUCUCUACCAAAGUCGAUCAAAUUCUGCAACUGCUCGAGAAGCGCACUGCUCCUGACCCCGCCAACCCGAGCAAAAAAUUAAUUAAGAACGUUCUUGUAGAUACGCCUGGACAAAUUGAGGUCUUCGUCUGGUCCGCCUCAGGCCAGAUUCUCCUUGAGUCGCUCGCCUCCACCUUUCCGACUGUAAUUGCCUACAUUAUCGAUACUCCACGCACUGCCUCCACUAGCACCUUUAUGAGCAAUAUGCUUUACGCCUGCUCAAUUCUGUACAAGACUAAAUUGCCGAUGAUCCUGGUCUUCAACAAGACCGACGUUAAAGAUGCCUCUUUCGCCAAGGAAUGGAUGACAGACUUUGAUGCAUUCCAGGCCGCGCUGUCGGGUGACGAGGCUGCUAACGCCUUCGGUGGUGUUGAGGGAGAAGGUGUUGGUUCCGGGUACAUGAGCAGCUUGCUCAGCUCUAUGAGCAUGAUGCUGGAGGAAUUUUACGCUCACUUGAGCGUCGUUGGUGUUUCGUCUAUGACCGGUGCUGGCGUUGACGAAUUCUUUGCGGCCGUCGCAGAAAAAGCAGAGGACUUCAAGAAGGAUUACCGCCCCGAACUCGAACGAAGACGUGAAGAACGUGAGGGCCAGAAGCGCAAAUUGCGCGAAAAGGAACUCGAGAAAAUGAUGAAGGGGAUGUCUAUGGGCUCUACUGGGACUAGCGCUAUCGACAAGUUACCUCGCGUGGACGAUGAUGAGGAUGACGACAUGGUGGAUAGUGAUGAUCGGGAUGAUGAUGACUACGUGGACGUGGACGAUGAAUACGACCGCGAGGGCCUGCAAUCUCGAUACGAGGCUGCUAUGUCGAAUAACGACACAACGAUGGAGGAUGAGGCCAGUUUUGCGAAGUUCCUCCACCGUCAACGACAGGGCUAAAAAAAAAAAGGCAUAUCUCGGUAUUGGUCAUUGUCAUAUUGGGAUCACACCGGUUCACGGAGUUACUGAGGUUAUAUAAAGGCAUGGAUUUGGCGUAAAUUGAUGAUACCAAUUUUCAGAUUUACUAAAAAU